AUGCUUCAGCAGAGGAUACACGACAUUAAGGAGACAUCUGACCUUCCAGAGGAAGGCCGAGUUUUGUCUGUCAGUGACGGUAUAGUUCGUGCACAUGGAUUGACUAACAUUCAAGCUGAAGAGCUUGUCGAAUUUGCCUCCGGUGUGAAGGGUAUGUGCAUGAACCUAGAAGCUUCUCGUGUCGGUAUCGUCCUUUUUGGUUCGGAUCGCCUCGUCAAACAGGGCGAGAUUGUCAAGCGAACUGGCGAGAUUGUCGAUAUUCCUGUUGGCCCUGAGAUGCUGGGUCGAGUGGUGAACGCACUCGGAAAUCCCAUCGAUGGAAAAGGGGCCAUCAAAACCACCGAGAAGAGCCGGGCUCAGCUCAAGGCCCCUGGUAUUCUACCUCGCCAUUCCGUCAACCAGCCCAUCCAGACUGGCCUAAAAGCAAUUGACGCCAUGGUACCCAUUGGCCGCGGUCAGCGUGAGCUGAUAAUCGGGGAUCGUCAAACUGGGAAGACGGCCAUCGCUCUGGACACUAUACUAAACCAGAGAAGAUGGAAUGGCUCCGACGCCGAGACUGACAAGCUGUACUGUAUUUACGUUGCUAUCGGCCAGAAGCGCUCAACGGUGGUCCAGCUUGUCAAGACCCUGGAGGUGAAUGAUGCCAUGAAAUAUUCGAUCGUUGUCGCAGCUACAGCUUCAGAAGCUGCUCCUCUUCAAUACCUUGCGCCCUUCGCUGGCUGUGCUAUUGGGGAGUGGUUCCGAGACAACGGCAGACAUGCCAUCAUCAUCUAUGAUGAUUUGUCAAAGCAUGCAGUUGCCUAUCGCCAGAUGUCGCUGUUGCUUCGUCGGCCUCCUGGACGCGAGGCUUUCCCUGGAGAUAUCUUCUACCUCCAUUCUCGUCUCUUGGAGCGUGCCGCAAAAUUGAAUAAUAAGCAAGGUGGGGGCUCUCUGACUGCCCUUCCUAUCGUUGAGACGCAGGGUGGUGACGUUUCUGCAUACAUCCCCACCAACGUGAUCUCCAUCACAGAUGGUCAGAUAUUUUUGGAAUCUGAACUCUUCUACAAGGGAAUCCGUCCUGCGGUCAAUGUUGGACUAUCUGUGUCUCGUGUUGGCUCUGCCGCACAGCUUCAAUCUAUGAAGCAGGUCGCCGGUUCCCUCAAGCUCUUCUUGGCCCAAUAUCGUGAAGUUGCUGCCUUUUCUCAGCUAGGUUCAGAUUUGGAUGCCGCCACCAAGCAAACGCUUAGACGUGGUGAGCGUCUAACAGAGCUUUUGAAACAGAAGCAGUACGCUCCAAUGGCUGUCAAUGAGAUGGUACCCUUGAUCUACGCUGGUAUUAAUGGCCUUCUUGACUAUAUACCUGUUAACAGGAUUAUGCGCUGGGAAGCUGAGCUCCUUGCCCACUUGAAAAACAAUAAGCCAGAGAUACUCUCCAGGAUCCAAGAUGAAGGCAAACUUAGCAAUGGCCUGGAAGCUCAGGUCAAGGAAGUCAUCAUCGACUUCAACAAAACUUUCUCGCAGGCAGUUGUUUCCGGUGCGUAA